AUGACAACACAACGAGAAUACACCCCUCCACCACUACCCAAAUCCGCACCUAUCCAAUCAGAGCUUACAAACUCUGCCAAAUCCAAAAGAAUCCCACCUUUUUACAAAUCUCAUUCAAAGGACUCAUCAAGUCAAAAACAUAAACAACUACCUGAAUUACAAACAACUACUCCAUCAAGGUCCAAUAAUACUCAGUUUGCCAUACUACCCAGCAUCAAGCUAACACCUGUUGGCUCGGACUCGUAUAGACAUAUCAAGAGUGCAUCUUAUGAUGAAAAAGCUAAUGGUAAAAAAAGAUUAGUUGAUCAGUUUUAUGAUCAAUUAGGCACACCGCCCUCGAGUUCAACAAGGUUGAACACGCCUGUGUUGACAAGGAAUAACACCACAACGAGUUUUGCUAAUGAAAGCAGGAGUAAUUUGGUUUUGAAUAAGUUUGAGUUUGAUAAGAAGGAUGUUGAAGUUGAACAGCAUAAUAAUGGGAAUAUUGUUGAGAUUGGUGAGGAGAUUGAAAAAUUGGAGAUGGUUAUUGUGAAGAGGAUUAAAGAACAAGUGGAAUUGAAUGAGGAUGAGUUUGUGGAUAAGAUUGAUGAUUUCCAAUCAGUGUCUCAAGAUAUAUUGGAGAUUAAAAAUAGGGUUAAACAAAUUAUAAAUAUAAUUGAAGAUGAGAAAUACAAGAGUUUCAAACAAGAUUAUGAAUCGUUUGAAACGGAAACCAAGAAAUUUAUAGAUUUUUUGAAAAUCUUGGAAUCAUAUGAAUUGAAAAUAAAUAAUUCAAGAGAUAAGAUGAAUCAAUACAAGAGGAAACUUUUCGAUAUAAGGAAAACUAUUGAGUUUGGUGAAAUGAUGAAAGUUGUUGAGCAUAAAAAAUUGAAGAGUAGGAAUAAAUGGAUCAGUAUUACAAUUUUGUUUGGAUUUGUUUUGUUUAUCUUGUAUAAAGUGAUAUGA